AACCUCAGUCGGUGCAGAUCAACGGCCAGGGAGGCGGGGACGAGUUCUACGAGGAGAUCGAAGCGCCCAAGUUCGUAGACUUCACAACUCCAGAUCACUUCUGCCCCGACGACCGUUAUUGGUUCUGCAUGCGCGUCGGCUGCGAUCAGAAGCAUGAAGAAGAACUAGACUCAGAAGCGAUAUACAAUAACUUUGUUCUUCGGGUUAUGGCAACAAGAAGUCCGAAUGUUAAACUUCGAAAAGCACUGAACAGAAAGUCGCCAAGUUUGAAAUGCCCACUUACAGCUCCUGCAAAGUCUUCAAAGCCUAUAGUUUCAAGGUUGGCCCUGAUCUCUUCAAUCUCUCAUAAGAUAGUUGACGCGAAAGAUAAGGCCAGACCUUUCCAUACUAAGAUCACUGCAACAACCCCAAAUGUUAAGGCAAAGCAACCAUCAUUUGUAGCCAAAGCUCUAACUACUCCUAGGAACAGAAAACCCAUCUCAAAUCCAGAUACAUUUCGAAGUGUUAGGAACCCCAAACCCAAAGAUGUUGUGGUCCCAAAAAAUAGGGUGGUGGCAAAAGCUUUGGUCUUUCACUCUCCAAAGAAGGUCGUGAAAACCAAGAUUCCAUUAGAAUGUGGUAAUAAUGUGGGAAAACUAUGUGCAGCCAUGAAGAAACUGGAUAUCACAAGUGGAAAGAAACUUGUAUUAGGGUAUUCCAAGCCAUUACCUUUACAUACUCCAAAAAAACAGUUUAGAGGGCGAGAGGUCAAAAGCAGGGUUUUUGAUUCAUUGCACUCUACCAUAGAUAAGGGGCGGGAAGCAAAGUCAUUGAAGAGAAACAAGAUGGAAAAGGACUUCAGGCAGUGUUGUGAUAAGGUGCCUAAUGAAGCGGUUGAUAAUGAUUCCAGUGAUAUGGAGGUUGACGAAAAAUUAAGGAAUGGUUCCUUGGAAGGGUUCUCAAAAUCAAUUACUAAUAGUGAUAAAAUAAUUGGAGAUAAGGACAGUUUGGAAGCUGGAAAAACCUCAGAAUCUUCUUUAGAUGAGAAUCAAAUUGAAGUGGUAUCAGAGACUUCAAAAGAGAAUGACUCCCUGCAAGAGACCGACGAUGGAAAUGGUCAUGAAGAUAAACCGAAUUUAAGUUAUGGGAUGAAGAAGACCCUUGAAUGCAUAAAAGAAGACGAUAAAGAAAAUGCGUCAGCCUCAGACAAUACAGAUGAUAAAGAAAACCGUAUAACCUCUGAAAAUAACAGAGAACAGAAAGUUGAUGGUCUCUCGAAGAGGAAAAACCUUGGUAACCAUAGUGCUUCCAAAAACUCGCAAAAGGUCAUUGAAGUUGCUGAAAAGAUGGCCAAAGAGAACUCCACAUCAGCUCCCACUAGUGCUCAAGGGGUGAAGUAUAGUAGACCAAAACCCACAAAUCCGAAGCCUUUUAGGUUCAGAACUGAUGAAAGAGGAAUGCUUAAGGAAGCAAACUCGGAGAAAAAGGUCCAUGCACCUCUGAAAGAAAUUACAUUAGACACUCUGCCAGAAAAGUCUAGAAAUAAUCAUCAGAAUGUGAUACAGGGAAAGGUUGGAGGUACUCGCUUGAAGACUUCAAAAGGAGACUUAGAACAACGCAAGCUAUUUGAAAUGACUCCGCCAAAAAGAAGUAAUGUUUUGACGGCAGAAAAACCACAGAAGGAAAGAACUAAGUCACCUGUGGUACAGCCAAGUUUUGGAAGACCAAGAGGGGUUGAUUCAUGUAAGAAGUCUGUAGUUUCCUCCCAGACACCUUGCCAACUCAGUACAAUAAAAGAAAGUGUAUCGACAAAUAUAAGACCCAGGAAAGCAGCAAAACCAUGCGCUGUUUCUUCAGCAACCAAAGCUCACGCUCCUUCUCGUUCUUCAGCAACCAAAGCUCACGCUCCUUCUCGGUCAUCAUCACGGGGAAGAAGGCCUGCAACCAUUCCAAAGGAGCCGCACUUCCACACUAUCCACGUACCGAAGAGCUGUACAAGGCUGCAGAAGGAAAAGGACAUAACUAAUGCCCAACAAAACUAA